AUGUUGCGGCUUCAUUGGGUGUCGGGGAAUGGAAGCGAGGUAGAAAGAGAAGAAGAUGAUUCCGUGAGCGAUAUUCUUCAAGACCGAUUUAGACUCUCUGCCAUAUCCAUUGCCGAGAAUGAAGCAAAGAAAAGUGGCAUGGAGAUAUCUGAACCAAUAAUGGCUUGCAUUGCCGAUUUGGCAUUUAAUUAUACAGAACAACUUGCAAAGGAACUUGAGCUAUUUGCACAGCAUGCUGGUCGUAAAUCUGUGAACAUGGAAGAUGUCAUCCUUUCUGCUCACAGAAACGAACAUCUGACUGCCUUAUUGAGGUCAUUUUGCAAUGAUCUGAAAGCAAAAGAGCCCCAGUCUGAGAGAAAGAGGAGGAAAACAUCGAAAAAGGAAGAUAAGGCCACUACAAGUGUUGUAAAUAUUCCUGAUAGUUAA